AUGCGAAUGAUGGUUGAUCGAGAUGUGUCACGCGUAGCAACAACUCCAUUUGAGACACUCUCGGUUCUGCCUCAGCGUAAUUUACGACGAAUUAUACCUUUGCCUUCAAGUAUAGAUAGCUCACAAACUGAACCACAAUUACUGGACCCAAUUCAAGCAGCUACACCGAUUUCGAGGAGACUUAUAAAUUUGCCUUCACGCACAGUUUUAAGUACAGAUAACUCACAAAUCGAACCACAAUUACUGGACCCAAUUCAAGCAGCUACACCGAUUUCAACGUCAAUGAUAAAUAAACCAACGAAAGACCAGCGUUUAAAUAAACAACUUUUCCAUUUGAACAAUAUACCAACUCAGCUGAAUUAUAAAAAUGACUUUGGUGCAAUAAUAUCGCAAUUUCCUUUACAAAGUACAUCAAGUGCACAUCAGAAAAUAAUCAACUAUCUUUGUGUUGCAGAAACGUUACAAGCCACCACAUUUCCAUCGGUAGCAGUACAUAUUAUGUUUACAAAAAGAAUUAAUUUUAAAACAUUAUUCCUGAACAACAUUUUCCCCAGUAACUAUUUGUAUCUGCAAUUAAAACAUUACAAAAAUGUUAUAAACAAUGAUGUAUUCAACGAUAAAAUUAAAGAAGAAACUAACGAUUUAUAUGUAGAAACAUCGAAGUAUGAAAGGAAAAAUGAUUUCAAAUUAACAUCAACGCAAUACAGAAGUCGACAAGCUCAUUUUGCUGCACUAGCUUUAAGUCAAGGAUCAGUCGAACAAGGGUUUCAUACAGACUAA